UCACCUCUGUCCUCCCCUCCUGCCCCCAACCUGGGCCUCCUCCCCUUAGCUUACAUCACGCUCAUUACAUCCUCUGCUCGCUCAGCCUUACCACUGGGUUCCCCCCACCUUCCCAGUCUCCUUGCUGCGGGUGGGGUUGUACACGGGCGCCUGCCCCACUGCUGGCCUGCUGCUGGACUCUGCCCCUCCCUCUCCUCUCCGUAGUACCGGGCCUCUCACUUCUCCCUGAAGACAGAAUGCUUAGUGUUUCUGUUUAAUCUGCUCUUAGCACCUGGGAGUUUGAGACCAGCCCUCAGGUACCACGCUGUGGGUUUCAUGCCUUGGAGACAAUGGAAGAAGGGUGGGAAGGGAGUUUUCUGCUCGACUGGAUAGUGUCCUCCCUUUAUCAAGAGGGGAAGAUGGUGUCCCUGUUGUGCUCAUCCCGGAAUGAGAACUUAGGAUCCAUUGCAGGUUCUUCUUGGGGGUGGGGAGGUUGAGGAAAACCUUGGCCUGGUAGUGGGAAAUUGCCCAGGCAGAAGAGUGAAACUACUUAAACUGAAAGCUGGAGCCAGAACCAGGUACCCAUCUGAGAUGUAGCUCCCAUGGGUGACCGUUGCUCUGGGAGGUGGAGUGGGUGGAGUUUGACCUUCCAUCGCCUUCCAUGUCUGGAGCUUCAGGUGGACUUUAGCCGAGAAGAGCUGGGAAGGGCGCCUUGGCCAGAGUAGGCAGGACCUGUCUUUGGACUCCACAGUGGGUCUGGGAGAGGCAGUGGCUUCUGCUUACUGUAGAGAAGUUCCCAUCCAGCUCCCUCCCCACUCCAGGCUUGGAAAGGAGAAAGGGGUCCUGGGAUAGCAGGAAGGCCGAUUGCUCCAAGCUCCCUAUGUUCUGCACAGGAGCUCUUGGCUAGAGGAAGUGGAGGGGCCUUGGGAUGCGGAGAGCCGAGGGCUGACUCCCGGACAGCGGAACAGAGAGAACUGCCGACAGACAGACGCAGGUUGAGGAGCCCUCACCUCCCAGAAUGACCAGUGCAGCCCCUGCUAAGAAACCCUACCGGAAGGCGCCACCUGAGCAUCGGGAGCUGCGGCUAGAGGCUCCUGGCUCCCGGCUGGAGCAGGAGGUCAGCAAGAGUGGUCCCCCUGCCCCUGCUGGCAGAUGCAGCCCCCUGAAGCUGGGUGUUUGGCCGAUUUGCCCUGCCCGAGGGGACCUAGGUCACCCAAGUUGACGUGAGGGCAUAGCUUUGCUGAUACAUGCUUGGGGUCUCAGCUGCAGCAAAGCUGGUGGGAGCCAUGUAAACUCAUAGGGGAUGGCUGGGGCCCCUGUCCCUGUGUCCAGGAGUCCAGAGUCUAUAGCUCAGCAGAAGUAUCCCAUGUAAUAUUGUUUUUCAUGCAGGAAGCAGCCCGCCAGCCUGAGGGCUUCUCACCUACUAGAGGCCAGAACCUUGUCCUCCACUGGUGGAGCAGGGAUGUUCAACCUGUGGCCCCUCUGGGGGCCAUUAGGAAGUGGUGCUCUGUCUGCUUCCCACCAGACCAACUGUUCUUCACUGUCCAGAGAAGUGCGGCCCUCCUCCAGCUUUGCUCUGUCUGGCUAACUUUUAUCAAAUACGUGCUCCCUGCUAGGAACUGCAUUAGGUUCUUAGGAGGCCUUUGGGCAACUGCAGAACAUUCUCUGGUCGGUUCUCCUCCCUCCUUAAGCUUACUGCAGGAGGAAACGAGCACCGCAGCAGAGUCCCCUUGCUCCUGUGUCUCCACCCUGUUGCAGCACAUGGAGCACAUUUAAGGAACUUGAGAGAUGGCUAGUAAGUGCUGAGCAUCAGGCAUACCGUGGUACCUCUGGACAGCUUCAGGGCAGAAAUGCCACCCAUGACUUGCCCAUUCUCAGUUUAGGAAACAUUAUAUAAAAAGGCCAGAUACAGUGUGAGGAGCCACCCACUGGGCAUUCUCCUGGUUUUGUAGGUAAGGCCACUAGGGCUCGGCAAAGUUAAUACAACCAGUGUGUGGUAGAACAGGAUCAAUGCAGGUGUCAGCAGCUCCAAGUCCUCGGUCCAGGCCACCACCCACCUCAUGGUCCUGCCUGUGCUUGGUGUCCUGAAGCAUCAGACCCAUGUGGAGUGGGCCCUUGACCUUUCCCUCCUGCCACAGCACAUGGCUGCUGUGCUUCGCAGCUGGCUGAGCACUGGCUUUUGGGCUGUGGCCGACGUGAAUGCUUGGGGAGGAUGCAGCAGGAGGGUCAAAGCAGGAUGAGACACUUUACUCCUGUCAGUGGGUUGGCCCAGAGGCUCUCCUUCCCCCACACACUUGUUCCUCCCAAGCCUCUGUGAGGGCCUGAUUCAGCCCCAGGGGUAGAGCCCAGGACUCUAUUCUAGCUCACCUGACUUCGUCACUUCUCUAGAAGGUCUCAGCCAUGCCUGCAGGGUCCACUAGUGGCCCAGUGGACAGCUGGGGGGCUCUCUUUAGCCCUGGCAGAGGUAGCAUGGAUGCCAGGACUCAUUUGCAGUUGGCUCUGGGGUUAAGAGGGGCUGGAGCUGGUGUGGGUAAGGGUGAAGGCUGGGAGGGGUUCUUGAAUCUCCUGAUUGGCCCAGAAGAGAGUAAUGUAGGCUUGUCUGGGUGUUACUGGAUUGCCUCCAUCUCUCCAGGGCCUUGCAGCCACUUAUGCUGUGACAGUCUCUUGGCUGCAGACCUGGCCCUUGCCAGGGCUUGUGGGGGUGGGGGGCGGGGAUGGCAAGUGGGAGGCCAGUGGUCCAGUGCUGGGCCUCAAGCUUCUGUUUUUUUGUGUCCAGGAGCCUCUGACUGACGCGGAGAGGAUGAAGUGAGUAUCCGCUGCCCCAGGGCCUGCCCUGCCUUGCUCUGUCCCUCUUAGAUGCAGGCGAGGCUGGCAGGCUUUUCCUUGGAUUAGGUAGAGGUAAAGGGUGGCGUGGGGUGUUUUAGGGGAGGCUUGACGUUGUGGAUUUACCUUCCAGAACGAGAGGGUUAUGCCAUGGGCUCCAGGAGAAGCUGGUAUCCUGGAGGUGAUGGCUCUGAGGGGCCUGAUCUUGCUGAAGAGCCCUUCCCCAGCUCCCGGCCUCCCAUGCCAGCUGUCUCCCUGCAGCCCUUCCUGGCCAUUCUGUGAGGCCUUUGGAAGGAGGCAGCACUGGGCUGGGUUUCCAGGAGAUGAAUAAUGGAGCAGCCUGACUUUGCAAUGGGGAAACUGGAGCUGGGGCUUGCUGGCUGGCUGGCUUGGGCUGUAACCGGAGACACACUGGGAACUGUAGCCCCUGCAAUUAUGUUUUCCCGUUCUUCUCCAGUGAGGGGAGUAGACUGUUCUCUCCCCUCCCCUCUGCCUACCCGUCCCUCCAACCCAAGCUGUGUUCUCAGGGCCAGCAGGCCCAACUCAUGCUGAGGCUCCAAGAGUCCCCUGCCCACAGCUGCCUGUCCUCACAUCACCCCGCCUUCCUUCUUGAGUCCAGCCUGGGACUCCAGGGUAGUCCUCCUACCUCUGAUGCCCCUCUGCCCUUGACCCCUCACCCUACCAGGCUCUUGCAGCAGGAGAAUGAGGAGCUUCGCCGGCGCCUGGCCUCCGCCACCAGACGUACUGAGGCCCUGGAGCGCGAGCUGGAGAUUGGGCAAGACUGCCUGGAGCUGGAGCUGGGCCAGAGUCGCGAGGAGCUGGACAAGUUUAAGGACAAGUUCCGCAGGCUGCAGAACAGCUACACAGCUUCCCAGAGGACCAACCAGGAGCUGGAGGACAAGCUGCACACACUGAUCAAGAAGGCUGAGAUGGACAGGAAAACUCUGGAUUGGGAGAUCGUGGAGCUGACCAACAAGUUACUGGACGCGAGGAACACCAUCAACAAGCUGGAGGAGCUCAAUGAGCGGUACCGGCUGGACUGCAACCUGGCUGUGCAGCUCCUCAAGUGCAACAAGUCCCACUUCCGUAACCACAAGUUCGCCGACCUGCCCUGUGAACUACAGGAUAUGGUUCGGAAACAUCUCCACAGUGGUCAGGAGGCUGUCAGCCCUGGGCCUGCCCCCAGCCUUGCCCCAGGGGCUGUGGUGCCCACCUCGGUCAUUGCCCGCGUGUUGGAGAAGCCAGAGUCUCUCCUGCUCAACUCGGCCCAGUCAGGCAGUGCAGGGCACCCCCUGGCUGAGGAUGUCUUUGUGCACGUGGAUAUGAGUGGGGGGGACCCGGGUGACUUGGCCAGCCCCCCGGCCCCGGGCAGCCCCACCCCCCAACCCAAUGGGGAGUGCCGCUCUCUGGGCACUGCCAGAGGCUCCCCAGAGGAGGAGCUGCCCCUGCCGGCCUUUGAGAAGCUGAGCCCCUACCCGACCCCGUCCCCACCCCACCCGCUGUAUCCCGGCCGCAGGGUGAUAGAGUUCUCUGAGGAUAAGGUGCGGAUUCCCCGCAACAGCCCGCUGCCCAACUGCACCUAUGCCACCCGCCAGGCCAUCUCCCUGAGUCUGGUGGAGGAGGGCGGUGAGCGGGCCCGUCCUAGCCCAGUGCCCAGCAGCCCUGCCUCGGCCCAGGCCUCCCCCCAGCACCAGCCCAGCCCUGGCCCUCCAGCCCUCAGUGCCCCGGCCAGCUCCGCCAGCUCUGAGGAGGACCUCCUGGCCAGUUGGCAGCGGGCCUUUGUGGACCGCACCCCGCCCCCGGCCACCGUGGCCCAGCGCACAGCCUUCGGACGUGACGCGCUCCCGGAGCUGCAGCGCCACUUCGCCCUCGGCCCCGCUGGUGGAGAUGAGGUUCAGGCACCUUCUUCCCCUCCUGGUGAAAGUGGGCUUUUGCUGCCAGCGGAAGCUGCCCCCAGCUUUCCCAGGGAGGAGGACGAGGAAGAGCUGAACCUGCCCAUCAGCCCUGAGGAAGAGUGCCGGAGCUUGCUGCCCAGUGACAGUGGCCCGGAGGAGGGGCCUGGCACUCCUCGCACUGAGGGCAGGCCCUGGGCACUCCCCAGCUCCAGCCGCCCCCAGCGCAGCCCCAAGAGGAUGGGGGUGCACCACCUGCACCGAAAGGACAGCCUGACACAGGCCCAGGAGCAGGGCAACCUGCUCAACUAGGGCCCAGCUUGCCCUUCCUGCCAUUGCUGCACUGGGACUGCAGGGCACUGCUGCCCUUGCAGCUCACAGUCCCCACAUAGCCCAAGCCCUUGAACUCUGCUCCCUGUGUGGGUAAGGUUAGACCACACCAGGCCCUUCAGCUGCCUUGGCUGUAACUGGUAUCGGCUUGCCUCGUGGUUUUUCCCCCCUGGAAUAUUUAUUCUCCAAAAGUAACAUACAGCUGGGGCUCAGGACCCUUUUCCAAUCAGCCCAUAUUGGUCUGUUCUGGGAGCUGAGGGGUUGUUAACAUCAGUGUUCAUCCUCCAUCCUCCUUGCACAUCCACCAGGUGUGUUUUUUUUUUUUUCUUCCAGAGGGGGAGGGGUCAUUGGGAUUAUUAACCUCUAAUUUUUAUUUUUUACCUGUUUUCCUCUCCCCCCAAAUCCUCUGCAGAGCUGUUGCCUUCAAGGGGCCUGGCACGGCAGGCCCUGGGGAUGUGGGAGAGGACUGACUCAGGGCUCCCCUCAGCUGUUCCUCCCUCUGGAAGGGAGUAGAGGGUGGGAUUCAGGGGCCUCAAGCUGGGCUCUAGGUGAAACCUGGCCCUGCUCCCAGCCUUGGCUUUAGACUGUUACUCCCAGCUUUGGGAAAUUUUCACAUCGAUAACUAUUUUAAAAUUAAAACUAUUUUACUGA